CUGCUGUGUCCCGCUGUCUGCUCCGCUGUCUGGAGCCAUGAGGCAUGGAGGCUUCGCUCUCGCAGAUGUGCUGUUUCUGUCCCGACCGCCCCGGAGCUACGGGCACCUUCAUUCUCGCACAAUGAAAGCGCCGCAGCUUAGGAGGGGCCGAGCUAGAGCCAGCGCAUUGUCCGCCCCGCGAGCCCAUGCUCAUCAACCGCAACGAUCAAUAGGCUAGUCAGUAAGUGAAUCAGGCAGGCAGACCGAAAAGCCUAUAGGAUCUUCCUUCGUUCGUUGCUUCCUAUCCUUCCCAAAACUCAAAGGCCCUCACUCCUCACUGAACUGAAAACUUCAGCUGCCGCAACGAACUGACUGAUUGACCUGACCAACCGCCCAACCGCCCCGACCGGCCGACCAGUAAGUCCCACCGCACAGCCAACUAAGUGAAGGAAGUGAGUCCACCAAAAGCAACGCGACAACACCACACCCACACCCACAAGCCCACACUCACACCUACAGCCACACGUCGGGCCAGGCCGACUGCUGUGCCUGACCGACCGAACCGACCGACCGACUGCCAGACAAGGAGGGGAGAGGGGGGCGGGAGGGGGAGGGGCGCUGGCAAGCCGGCUGGCAGGCGCGCAGACAGGGAGACAGACAGGGAGACAGCCAGCCGUGGUGCGACCGGGGCGGGGUGGGGAGGAGGGCAGGGGAGAUCAGAGCGAGAGAGAGGGAGAGAGGCAAGAUGUGUGGGUUGGGGCGGGGUCAGCAUGCCGCUGCGCUGGGGUGCUCUGGGAGCACCUCGGCCGCUUGCGCCUCCAACUCAGCCUGCAGGUGGCCAGAUCAGAUGGAUACAGACCAGAUGAGGGCAGGGGCGUGAGCACGAUGCGAUGCAUCGACCGACGUGCGUGUCGGUCUUGGUUCCCUACCGGGAUGGGCAAGGUUUCGAGUGUCCUGAGGAACUCCAUAAACCGCUCGUAAAAGGGGCCGCGAGCCUGACAGACAGAAAGACAGACAGACAGACACAACACACACCACACAAAGUCGGGUCGCCACAUUGUUCCUGUCCAUGUGUGGAAGGCUGCUGCUGUCUGACCAUGAUUUCCAGGUUGUUGUGUCCGCCACCGUCCACCCAGAAGGGCUCCACCGGGUGCCGACUCUGCUUGUACAAAUCCUGUACACACACACACACAAGAGAUAAGGUGAAGGGGCGUGUGUGCAUGUCUGUCUGUUUCCUUGCUUCCUUCCAGUGUGCACUGACUGCACUGACUGACCUUGCCGUGCCAGUAGGGCACGAUCUCGUCUUUGGUGCCGUGGAUGAUGUACACGGGACACCGCAGCUUGCCGAUCUGAUGCAUGUCAUGUCAGCAGCAGCAGCAGUGUGUGUGGUGUGGUGGGGUGGGUGGGGUCGGCUGUUCCUCCUGUGUGUGUCUAUGGUCGUAUGUGCGAUGCGAUGAGAUGGGUGACCUUAUCGAUGUUUGCGAACAUGUCCCCGGGCAGUGUGAACCGAAAGUUAAACGCCACACGAUACGCAGACAACACGGGACUCUGAACACACACACACACACACACAGAGUCGGCAAGGUCAUGGCAAUCAUCACUUGCCCAAGCAAAUCGAACCGCUCUGUCUGUCUGUGUGUGUGUGUGUGAGAGAAUACCUGCAAGACGACAGCUCUGACGGGAUAUUUGGUGGCGAGAUGGACCGACGGUCCGCUGCCCAGCGACCGCCCGUAGAGGAUGAUCUGGCUCCAAGACACACCGAUGAUGUUAGUCAGGUACCUACACCACGAACGAAAGUUGCAAUCGAGCAACCACCCAACCGAAGCAGCACCAACACACAGCAUCCCAUGACCGCCUCUUGUUUGUCCCCCCGUGUGUGUCGUGUCGUGUCGGUCGGGUCGUUUCUAUCUUGGUUUCUUUCUUACGUGUAUGCCGCUUCGAUGUCGGCAUAGAGCCCCUUCUCGUUGGGCACCCCCGUGCUCAUCCCAUAGCCUGCACAGCACAUACACACCACACGCAGCCCGCCCACCCAACCAACCCAUUGAUUUCUGUCUGACAUCUGCUUGUGCAGGUGACUCAGACACGUUCGUUCAGCCAGCCACAUGAAUGGCAGUCAGGCCAGGCCCCUAGCAGCCCUACCGUACGUACCAGUGUACUCGUAUGCGAAUACGUUGACGUCGAGUAUCUGCGACACCUCCCUGAAGUAGCCAAUGAUCAUGCCCAGAUCCUCCGCAUUGCCGUGGCUGAACAGCAGAGUGAACGGCUUCGCACUGAGGAUGAUCAGUAAACACACACACACACACACACGUGGCAACCAAACCAUCACCUGUUGCAGUGCCGUUUCUGUCUGCCUGCCUGCCUGCCUGCCUGUCCAUCUCAUCUCAGACCUCACUCACUUGUCGAUGAAGAAUGCUGGAAUGACUUCGUUCUGCUGCGUCCUCAGCCAGACGAGGUUGGGGUCUUUGGUGUAGGUGGGCUCGGGAGGCUGAAACACCAGCUUGCUGAUGUUUGUACCCAUCUUCCUCGGUGGUCGCACUCAACCCAACCACACCAGGCCGCCCAACCGCAGCCAAACAGCCUGCCAACAACCGCUGUUCACAAAGGAAGGCAGCGCCACGCCUCGUUCGCUACGCUACGACAGCCUUGAAAAUCGACGGACGUCGCGAUGCGCCUGGCCCACUGCGGUGCCUCAGAAACAGC